ACUCCUACUCCUACUUUCUUUCUCUCUCUCACACCUAAAAACACAGUGAAAACACUCACAAGGCCACAACCAUCGACAUCUUUGGGAUUGCUUUCUUUAUCUCUCUCUCUCUCUCUCUCUCUCUAAAAGUUGUCUCUGUUUCGAGACUAGUGAGCAGGUGAUGAUAUUCAUCAAAUAAGCAAAGAAAGCUGCUGCGCGCAUCCAAUGAUUUGAAAAAGGAAGGUCAAAUCAAACGACCCUUUGAAUUCUUUCUUUCAUUUCCAUAAUUCCCAGCAGCUUCUUAGAGAGAGAAAGAGAGAAAACUCAUAUAUUAAUUCAAGAAGCAGUUCUCAGCAGCUGUUGGAUGACGAUGAUGAUUAUGAAGCAACACGUGCGAACUCAUCAUAUCUCCAUCACUACCCUCUCUUCAGUUGAUCAUUCUUGAAUUCGUUUCCCAGGUUUGCUUUAAUCAUAGUUCCUGGGAAUUCAAGCAGUCUUGUUUUACAUGCAGUUGCGUAUGGGUUGAAAAAAACAAGAUCGAAGAAAUCCAUAUAAAGAAAGAUACAAAAACAUCGAUGGCGACAUACUACAAUGGGAAUUCAGAAAUUCAAGGUGGAGACGGGUUACAGACACUCGUUCUAAUGAAUCCUGGAUACGUUUAUUACUCAGACGCACAACAAUCACAGCCGCAAGGUAACUUUGUGUUUCUUGAUUCCAAUCAUCCUGGAAAUAAUCCGGUCAAUAAUCAUAACCACAACCACCACCACCACAUAUCUCAAACGCCCCCACAACAACCACCACCACCUUCCGGUCAGACACAACAAUUUGUUGGCAUACCACUUUCUGCUUCACCACCAUCAUCCGUUCAUUCACAACAUGACGUCUCUUCACUUCACGCGUUCAUCCCACGAGCUCAGUACAUGUAUAAUCCGGCGGAGAUGGUGGCGGCACCACCACGUGAGGUGACACCGUUUCAACAAGGUCUGUCUUUAACGCUUUCUUCUCAGCAAUCAAGGUACGGGUCUCAGGCCGCCAGAGUAACUUCUAUAUCUCCCACCGGCGAUGAUGGGAGAGCGGCUGUUGGUGGUGGUGGUGGUGGAUCCACGUCAUCAGCAUCCGGGAUUUCAAACAAUGGUGUGCAUAAUAUGUUGUUGAAUUCAAAGUAUCUGAAAGCAACACAAGAAAUUCUUGAAGAAGUUGUGAACGUUGGUAAGGGAGUGCUCAAGAACUCCGAUCAGUUAACUAAGAAUCUCAAGACUCCAGUGAUCGGAGAUGGUGGAUCAUCGUCUCCGGUCACCGGAGAAGGAAUUAGGGAUGAUCAGUCUGGUAGUAAAUCCGGUGGUGGAGCUGAACUUACUACAGCAGAAAGACAAGAAAUUCAGAUGAAAAAAGCAAAGCUUGUUAACAUGCUUGAUGAGGUGGAGCAAAGAUACAGACAAUAUCACCACCAAAUGCAAAUUGUAAUUUCUUGGUUUGAGCAAGCAGCUGGAAUUGGAUCCGCAAGAACUUACACUGCACUAGCGCUACAGACGAUUUCAAAGCAAUUCAGGUGCUUAAAAGAUGCAAUUAUGGGACAGAUUAAGGCGGCCAGCCGGAGCUUAGGGGAGGAAGACAGUUUAGGUGGUGGUGGUGGGAAGGCUGAGGGCGGUGGUUCAAGGCUGAAAUUUGUUGAUAAUCAACUCCGGCAACAAAGAGCUUUGCAACAAUUGGGAAUGAUCCAACACAAUGCUUGGAGACCUCAAAGAGGAUUGCCCGAGCGUUCUGUUUCUGUUCUUCGCGCGUGGUUGUUUGAACAUUUCCUCCAUCCUUACCCAAAGGAUUCGGACAAACAUAUGCUCGCAAAACAAACCGGUCUUACUAGAAGCCAGGUUUCAAAUUGGUUUAUAAAUGCACGAGUGAGGCUAUGGAAGCCAAUGGUGGAAGAAAUGUAUUUGGAGGAAGUGAAGGAACAAGAACAAAACGGAUUAGACGACAACAAAACAAACAAAAACGAACAAAACGAAGAGAACUCAUCAUCCAAAAAUGAAAAAAGUGUUUCACCAGAAACCUCAAACAGAGGAGGAAUAGGAUUCCAUUCCACCAAACAAGAGAAUCUAAACUCCUUCAAUCCUCCACCACCAAUGGCGGUUCCCGCCACCGUGUCCACAUCACCCACCACCACUACCACGAGAAUAAAUUUCCAAAACCCAUCUGGUUUUAGCCUCAUCGGGUCCUUAGAAAUGGAAGGAAUCACACAAUUCAGCCCCAAGAAACCAAGAAACAACGACCGGAAUCAGGAUUCCGACGCCGGUUUCACACUGACAGGUGGCAAUCCAACCGACUUCAUGGGCGGACUCGGGGGUUACCCAAUUGGUGAAAUCGGGCGUUUUACAACCGAUCAAUUCCAACAACAGUAUUCAGGAAACGGAGUUUCUUUGACUUUAGGUCUCCCACACUGUGAAAACCUAUCACACCACAGUUUCCUCCCUAACCAAAACAUCCAACUAGGCAGAGGGGCAGAAUUGGAAGAAAACGAAUUUGGCGCCAUGAAUCCAUCAUCUUCUUCACACUCAGCCGCCAUGUAUGAAUCCAUGAACAUUCAAAGCCGCAAGAGGUUUGCUGCACAACCCUUGCCCGAUUUUGUUGCUUAAUCAACAAAGAAUCAAACACCAUUUCCACUGUCAAGAAAUUCAAGAAAUCAAGAAAUAAAAUCAAGAUUUACCCUAGAUCAGAUCUAUACUUUAAUGAAGAACAAGAACCAUUAGAGUUCUUUAUAGAUACAGAUUAGGUUUUUCAUUGAGGGUUGUAUAUUAAUUUUGUAUCCGCAGAUAUGCAUAGAUGGAUUGGCUACAUAUACAUAUUGUAUGUAUGUAAAAGUAAAAAAAAAAAAAAAAAAAAAACUAGUUAUAUAUAUAUAUUUUGAUUGGGGGGUAUACAAAUUAAAAAAAUAAUAAUAUAUUUAUUAUUAUGAUUUUCAA